AUGCCCGCCCCAACCUCCUCAUCCACACCUACUGAAGCGACUGUAAAUGUAGCAAACAAGACGGCUAGUAGCACUCCUGAAUCAGGAAAGGAUGAUAUCGAACCGUCAGUCAAAAGUGUUACACCUUCUCGUCAUCUCGCUGUUACUCCACCUGCCGGUGCACUAGCGGAAGGUGUUAUUACUUUACUCUCAACUAAACCGGAUGCAGCACAAAAUUUGGUCAAAAUUGGUGACGGCAAUUCAACUUACAUUGAAACUUUUUAUUGUGUAGAAAAUCACUUAUACCUCAACAUUGGGUAUAACCUCACAAGGCCAAUUGCUCAGCUUCGUCCGGAUUUACCCGCCAUGCAGUUUGGCUUCAUGUACGGUGUGAUCUCAGACCUUCACGCCAACAUGAACAUGCGACUCACUUUUGACCCUGAAACUGUAAGAGAUAGUGGAUAUACUGAAACCUUUGUUUCUUACAAAAUUGGCCAACCAAUCAGUAUGAUUUCAACCCGAGACAUGUAUGAUUGGAGUACACAUGAGAUCUACGUUGAUUGGGAGCUACUUCCAAAGAAGCUUACCGCGAAACAACAUCAACGUUGGACCAGCCUUGCCGCCCAAUCACACUGUUUGGCACUCUCAAAGGCGAACCUGUAUGUCACUCGCAUGCUUUCGUAUUAUCAAGAAAGCCUUCGCAUCCUGUGGACGACCCAUCGCAAACCUAGCAGUAAGGCAGCUACGAACCUUGAGAGUUUCUACAAUCAAGCAAAAAGACUCCAGGUAAAGAACUUGUACCUCUUACAAAGUUUGGUAGCUCAACCACCUGGACAAACUGGUUGGUAUAUGUGCGAGAGCCAGCAUGAAUCUCAGCCGAAGGGCUAUGUUUGUAGAUUUCAUACAGAUUCAUCAAACAAUGAAGGGAAGCAGGAAUUAAGGAGAAUCACUGAUUUACAAAAGCAAGUGACGUUAAAUAGUAAGACACAACAGAUGAUGACAAUCACACGCUAUAAUGUAAACGACCGGUGGGUGCAGACUGAAAUUUGGAGCAAAGAUACAUUAAAAAAAUUGAUUCAAACAGUUAUAAAUGUUAAAUGA